CUCGCUCGUGCCCCUAGAGGGCUCGUCUUGUCAGCAAGUAUGUGUAUGUCGGUUCUUCGGUUCUGUAUGUGAGUUCGGGGUUCGAUCAUCAUCAUGUCCUCCGCGGGAUCAUGCGGACCGGCACCGGGACCGAAUCACGGCGGUUCUGGUCCCUCAAACCCGCGAAAGUUCAGCGAGAAGAUCGCGCUCCACACGCAGAGACAGGCUGAGGAGACCGCGGCGUUCCAGCAGGUCAUGAUGGACAUCACCUCCACCCGGGUCCAGGCACAGAAGGUCCGGCUGGCCAGAUCUCAGGGCCCGUAUUACGGCGGAUCUCUGCCAAACGUCAACCAGAUCGGCAGGAGCACCUCAGAACUGCAGGAGGGCUCGUUCCACUCUCCGCUGGACUCCAGUCGCUCCACUCGGCAUCAUGGUCUGGUGGAGCGAGUGCACAGGGACCGGCACUUCGUCUCUCCCAGCAGACCCUACAGGAGACACAUGGACACCCCUCACAGCAGCGCUGUGUAUCUGACUCCGCCCCCUGACCCCAGCUGGAGAAGGAACUGGAACAGUAACUUUCCCUCGGACAAGAGCCAGAUGUUCCACCAGCUGCCCACCGGCGCGCUCAACAGAACGAACUCGGACUCUGCGCUCCACACGAGUGUGAUGAACCCGCCGGCUGCAGACACCUUCUCUGCCGGACUCUCGCUCGCGGCGCAGGGCCGACGGGCCGUUUUCUCCUAUCCAGUUCCUCCCAUCGAGGAGAACGGCCCGGAUGACGGACGCCUGCUCAAACCCUGGGACUCCAGGAAGCUGCCGCUGCUCUCUUCACGACCACGGUCCUGUGAGGUGCCUGGAAUCACUGUGUUUCCCUCUCCGGACCAGCAGGGCGGCGCCACUCACGGCCCGUCAGUGUUGAACACGGGCGGCUCGCUGCCGGAUCUGUCCAGCCUGCACUUCCCGUCUCCUCUCCCCACGCCGCUGGACCCGGACGAGCCCGGAUACCCGUCGCUCAGCACCGGGAACCUGACCUGCACCCUCACCCAGCUGGGCAUCGCCGGCUCCCUCCACUCCUCAGGUCUGCUGCCGUCUCUGCAGGGCACGUCGAGUAGCCCCUCCCUCCAGUCGUCGCUUAGCAACCCCAACAUCCAAUCAUCUCUCAGCAAUCACUCAUUCCCGAGCUCCGCCUCCCUGCACUCGUCGCUGAGCAACCCCUCCCUGCAGUCCUCGUUAAGCUCCUCCCCCUCUCUGAGGUCAUCGCUCAGCAGCCAGUCGUUGCAGUCGUCCCUCAGUAGCUCCUCCCUCCAGUCGGCAGCCAGUAACCCCAGUAACACCAGCUUCUCGGGCUCCUUCGCUGCGCUCGGCCCUGGACAGGUGCAGAUGAACACGUCCCCCCGCAGGCGAGCGCAGCUGACCCCCGUGACCCUGCCGCAGGACACACGCCGACACCACCCCAAACAGUUCUCGCCCACCUCGUCCUCGCUCGGCUCCAUCACACAGGGAGUGGCUCUGGACACCAGUAAGCUGCUGGGGGAUCAGAGGUCGUCUCAGUAUUCUUUCGGGCAGUCGGUUCAGAAAGGUCUUGUUCCUGCGCAGACACACACACACACACACACGCUCCGCCCGUCAUCACAGACCGCACAGCUUCAUCUACACAACAUGCAAAACCUGCACAAGACGCAGAACUUCCAGCUGCAGCGGCCCAAUCAGAACCAGAGCCCGAGCGCGGGGAGUGUGUGUCCGGCGGACGAGCAGAGCCGCAUCAGCGAGCUGGACCUGUACAACGACACCAUGUUCCUGAACUCUCUGCUGGAUGACCCGUACCUGGACCUGCAGUUAACCAGCCGCCAGAACCAGAACCUGAGUCUGAGCCAGCAGUUGGGUCUGGACUGUCCUGAUCUGGGCUCGGGGUCGGGGUCAGUGAAGGCUCCGGGUCAGCAGGGGGCGCUGGAGCUGCUGGACUCCUCAGAGUGUCAGGCGUACGCAGACGGGCGGCACACGGUGCCCAACAUCCUCCUGACCGAUUCUCCGUCGGGCCUGUCGAAGGAGAUCACACACGCGCUGUCGGGCGUCCCGGGCUUCGAGAUGGACCCGUUCUGCUCAGACGACCCGCUGGCGCUGGAGGGUCUGGGCAUGCUGACGGACGGGGACCUGAUGCUGGCCGACCCGGCGGUGGAGGACUCCUUCAGAUCCGACCACCUCAAGUGACCCGCGGUCAUGUGACGCCUCGGGCCGGCGGGUUCCUGACUCGUGCACGUGCGCUUAAAACUGUGAGCUUCUGCCCUUUAACUCUCUGCACUUCUCGGACGAUCAAACCCUGUUACAGACAUCACCGUCGACCAAUCACAGCGGGUUUACACGUGCCUCCGCUCAAUGUCCCAGCAUGCACUGGACCACACCAGGUCAAUGCAGGAUUCACACAUGCACUUACCGCUGAAGUUCAUCAGUUCCUGAAGAGUGAAGCACUCAGCCAAUCAUGAGUCAGGGGGCGGGACUAUCUGACGGACUGACCAAUGAGGGACGAGGGGAGUGGCGUGUUCAGAACAGCAUACUGUCAUACUGCAGAUGUAUCCCACAAUGCAUUGUGCUCGACAGUGCUGCGAGUAACAGAUUACAUGGAAUCAGAUUCCAAAGAUGAAGAGCUUGUAAUUAGAUUACAUUACGUUUUUUAUCUUUCUAAAAAAAUAUAUUGUUUAAAUGUGUUCAGAAUUUUUUUUUGGAAUUGCAGAUUGGCGUUUGAAAAUUAAGAAAUUAUAUUUCUAUUAAAAAUAAGAAAUUGGGACUACUGGAGAACUGAGAUAUUCUAUGUAUAUUCUAUAUUCUAUCUAUAUUAUGAAACAUCAGAUGUUCAUGUUUUAUUGUUUUAUUGGCGUAAUGUUUGCAAACUAAUAUUGAGUUGUUUGCACAGAUCAGUAUGCAGUAUUCCCUUCUGAACACAGCCACUGUCUCACACACACACACACACACACGCACACACACACACACACACACACACACACACACACGUCAGGUUUACUGUCUUUAUGGAGACUCCAUAGACGUAAUGGUUUUUUUACUGUACAAACUGUAUGUUCUGUCCCCUUACACUAACCUGACCCAACACACACACUCACACACACACACACACACACACACACACACACUCGUCACCUGGAACACAUGAUAUCAGAUGUUGUUUCUCUGGUCAGCAGUUCUGGGCUUUUCUCCUUGUGCUUGAUGAUCUUCGGUCACUGACAUACACACACACACACACACACACACACACACACACACACACACACUCCGGUCAGCAGUUCUGGGGUUUUCUCCUCCUGUUUGAUGAUCGAUGAACACACUCACGCUCUCACAUGUGCU